AUGGGAGACAACGCUGGCAGCUCGGGCAGCAACCCCGUGAUCUCCAUCGGAAACAUCCGGGGGUUCGGAGGCUGUGACCUCGGAUCGUUUCGAAUGUCCAACGAGUUCUUAGGAUGGAAGAACAAGAAAACGAACAACGUAUACCAGUACAAGUACAGUGACAUAAGUGAAGCGGAGUGGAUAAAAACAAGCUACAACAACAACAGGCUACAUCUAAAGUUCAGUGAGAAAAAAGACAAUUUGAUCAUCUUUUUCGACGGAUUCCCAGAUAGAAAUACUUCCGAAAUAACUCAGCAUUUUCAGAAAUAUUUCAAUCUCAGAUUAGUUAGCAGGAAGCUAGCCACGAGGGGAUGGAACUGGGGAGAAUUCAAGUUAGAAAAUUCGAAUAUAACCUUCGACAUAGACAACAAGUAUGCAUUCAGCAUUCCAACGAACAGUAUUAGUCAGCUAAAUGUACAGAUAAAGACGGACAUAGCGAUGGAAUUAAAAAAUGAGGAAAAUAAGAGGACGAAUGAAGACUUCCUAUCAGAAAUACGUUUCUGUUAUCCACACGAAAAUGAUGAAAAUCAAAAUUUUCAAAAUUUUAAAAAUGAUCUGUUAGAAAAAGUAAAUAUAGGAGACUCCAAAAGUGAAUGCAUUGCCUCCCUUACAAAUAUUCCUCUCCUGGUCCCAAGAGGAAGAUACGAAAUCGAAAUGUACACAAAAUCGUUCAAGUUACAUGGAAAGUCCUACGAUUUUACCAUUCAGUAUACUAAUAUAAAUAAAAUGCUGUUAGUCCCCAAAAGUAACUCCAAUCAGUAUGUUUUAAUCUUUAGCCUAAAUAAUAAAAUGAAGCAAGGACAAACGGAGUACCCAUUCAUUUUGAUUCAACUCAAUAACGAUGACGACAUGGAAUUGGACAUCAAUGCAAGUGAAGAAGAUCUAAAAAAAUAUAAAUUGGAGAAAUCACUCUCCGGAAAAGCAUCCGAUGUAGUUACUAGACUGUUUACUGCUCUGGUUAAAAAAAAUGCCAUCAUUCCAGGGGACUACAGAACAGCAAAAAAUGAACAUGGUAUUACAUGCAGUUAUAGAGCAGCCAGUGGACAGCUUUAUCCCCUAAAUAAAUACUUCCUUUUUAUUGUAAAACCCGUCAUUUUAAUCUCCUUUGAUGACAUUGUUACACUUAGUUUCCAGAGAACCGGAAACAUAAACCAACACCGUUUCUUCUCACUUAUCAUAAAACACAAAAGAGGAAUGAGUUAUGAGUAUACCAAUAUUGACAAAAAUGAAUACCUCCCACUGCUCGAAUUUUUGAAAAGUAAAAAUAUACACAUUCAGGAUGAUUCCAAUGUUGCUGAUAAAAAACAGGACUUUGGCGAUGAACUCUCUGAAUCGGAUGAAGAGGAAUAUGUUGCGGAUGAGGAUGAUGACGACGAGGACGAUUAUGUCGCAGAAGAUGAGGAAGACGAUGACGACGAUGACGAGGAGGAAGAGGAAGAAGAAGACGAUGAUAAGUAG